GAACUAUACAAGAACUCAGCGCAACUGCAACAGCAAGUGGCCCAGCUGGAAUUGGACAGUGGCAAUCGACUGAUCGCGUUGACGAAUAAACAACGUGAAGAACACGAUCGAUUUGUGCAGAGCGUGCGCAAUGAGAAGGCUCAGUACGAGCGUAUCGUCGAGAAUCGCGACCGCACGCAACGCAACCGCAUCAAACAACUCGAGAACCAGCUGCAAGCCAUCAAAGACCAACUCGUCAACGAACGUCGUCGCAGAAAGGAUGCCACCGACAGAAUGCUCAUCAACGACAUCACUAAACUCUCCAAUAAGAGUUUCUACGGGGGCACUGCCUCUGCCAUACCCUCUGCGGGUGGCAUGAGUCUCGGUGCGGGGGCGGGUGUGGGCCCGUCGUUGUAUCCACACUCGGAUUAUGAUUAUAUAGCGAGCCGUGGUUCAUACUCUUCGUAUGGAAUGUCACCACGCAUGGACUUCUCGUCACUCGGCACCGAAUUCUAUAGAGCUCCAACAUCGAGCAUCGCGUUCAAGGAACCGGGUAUCGCUUAA